AUUUUUACUGAAUAUGAAUGACUGAGCUUUUUGGUUUCUGCUUGAAUUGAUCAUAGAAUUGAGGAUUUUAUUUGCUCUUACAUUUUUGGCAUUGAAAGUUUCGCACAACUGUGUUAUACUAGAUCAGGUGCAGUUUCUUUGUAAGUAUUAUUUGCUUUAGGUAUGUAUGUGGGGUUCAUAAACAUUCUUUUCACAUUUCAGAUGGAAAAUCGGUCGACUCGCAUAGCGAUAUUGAAUCCUGACAAGUGCAAGCCUAACAAAUGUAAGCAGGAAUGCAAAAGGAGUUGUCCAGUUGUACGUACUGGUAAAUUAUGCAUUGAGGUCUUACCUACGUCCAAGGAUGCUCGUAUCUCCGAAGAGUUGUGCAUUGGUUGUGGUAUAUGUGUUAAGAAAUGCCCAUUUGGAGCAAUUGAAAUCAUCAACUUGCCAAAGUCAUUGGACAAAUAUACAACCCAUCGUUACGGUUUGAACUCUUUUAAAUUACACAGGUUACCAGUGCCUAGGCCAGGGGAAGUUCUUGGUUUGGUUGGGACUAAUGGCAUUGGGAAGUCAACUGCCCUCAAAAUUUUGGCUGGCCAGCUGAAACCGAAUUUGGGUCGUUUCAAUAAACCUCCAGCUUGGCCGGAAAUCUUGGCUUACUUUCGAGGAUCUGAGCUGCAGAGUUAUUUUAUUCAUCUCCUGGAAGAUAAAUUGAAGGCAAUUAUCAAACCCCAAGACGUCGAAGACAUCCAAAGACAAUAUGAUGGAAAAUCAGUAAGGGAGGUGCUCAAACAGAUCGAUGAGAGGGGGAUGAAGGAAGAACUGUGUGUUGAUCUCGAGCUGAACAAUGUACUGGACAGUAAUAUAGGCUAUUUAUCCGGUGGAGAGCUUCAGAGAUUUGCCAUUGCUGUUGUUGCAAUGCAGAAUGCAGAUAUAUAUAUCUUUGACGAACCUUCAAGUUUUCUUGAUGUGAAGCAAAGGCUUAAAGCAGCCAAAGUUAUCCGAUCUUUGAUCAGGCCUGAUAGCUAUGUGAUUGUUGUGGAGCAUGAUUUGAGCGUUCUGGAUUACUUAUCAGAUCACAUUUGUUGUUUAUAUGGGAAACCGCGUGCAUAUGGAGUUGUAACUCUACCUUUCUCAGUUAGAGAAGGAAUCAACAUCUUCUUGUCUGGAUUUAUUCCUACAGAAAAUCUACGCUUCCGGGAUGAAUCUCUGACUUUCAAGGUUGUUGAGACUCCACAAGAAAGUAGUGACCAAAUCGGGAUGUAUGCAAGGUAUAGAUACCCAUCAAUGGCAAGAACUUUGGGAAAGUUCAAGCUUCAAGUUAUUGAGGGCGAGUUUACAGAUUCUCAGAUUAUUGUGAUGUUGGGUGAGAAUGGAACAGGAAAGACCACGUUUAUCAAAAUGCUGGCCAAUCACUUCAAACAUAAUUCUAAUGUGGAGAUACCUAAGCUUCAUGUUUCGUACAAGGCUCAGAAAAUUAGAUUGCCUGCAUCAACUGUGGGAGACUGCCUUCAUAUGAAAAUUCGUGAUUCCUGUACUCAUCCUCAGUUUGUGACAGACGUGAUGAAGCCUCUUCAAAUUGAAGAAUUGAAGGACCGCGAAGUCACAAAUCUUUCUGGUGGAGAGCAGCAAAGGGUUGCUUUAUGCCUAUGCCUUGGACAGCCGGCAGACAUAUAUCUGAUAGAUGAACCAAGUGCAUAUCUUGAUUCGGAGCAGCGAAUUGUUGCAGCAAAAGUUAUAAAGAGGUUCAUCCUCCAUGCUAAGAAAACCGCAUUCGUGGUUGAGCAUGAUUUCAUUAUGGCUACUUACUUGGCAGACAAAGUUAUUGUCUAUGAAGGAAAACCUUCAGUUGAUUGUAUUGCAAAUUCUCCACAAUCAUUGCUGGGUGGGAUGAAUCUCUUCUUAUCUCAACUGGAUAUCACAUUUAGACGUGACCCUACAAACUAUCGCCCAAGAAUCAACAAAUUGAACUCAAUCAAGGAUAGGGAGCAAAAAGCUGCCGGGUCCUAUUAUUACUUGAACGACUAAACCGGAACACAGUCCAACAUAUUCGAGACAACAAGUCCCCUCUCCAUGGGCGGGAGGACUCGACUAAGCCCCAGCCACCAAACGGGAAGUUCUGCAAGUUUUCAGAGGGCAGGGCAUUGAUAGAUACACUCUAGUCAAUAUCAAUAAUAAUCCUAGAAGUUUUGCUAACUUUUUAGAGGACAUUGAUAUAGCAUCAAGGCUGAGUUACCAGCAUGCUCACAAAUGAUUGGAGAGAGUCCUUUGCCUGGUGAAGAGAUCGGUUUUUUUUUUUUUGGGACUUGAACGAGUGUUGUUCAGCCUAUGCGACCAAAUUCAGUACAUUUUCCCUCUAUGUUUUGUGGCCUCUCAUGGCAUCAAAUAUUGUAUUUUAACUAAGUGCUUUGUUUUUGUGUUUGACUAGAAUGCUAUUUGAAGAAUGAAUGAAGUUUUUUUUUU